AUGGUUCGCUACCGAAUGCGGAGCCCGAGCGAGGGCCCGCACCAGGGGCCUGGGCAAGAACAUGGGCGUGAGGGGCAGGGGCAGGGGCAGGGGCAAGGGCUGAGCCCAGAGAAUGCAGAGGACUAUGGGAGGACACACAGGGGCCACUACCACAGACGCAGGCGCUGCUCGCGUAGGAGGUUGCACAAGAUCCACAGGAGGCGCCGGUCAUGCAGGAGGCGAAGGAGACGCUCCUGCCGCCACAGGAGGCGGCAUCGCAGAGGCUGCAGAAGAUCCCGAAGGAGGAGGAGGUGCAGGUGCAGGAGGUGCAGGAGGCGUUACCACUAA